AUGGAAAUGUUUCAUGAAAUUAAUGAAUUCAACUGUAUUUUUAAAGAGAAUACCAAAGUCAGUGUUGAUUGGACUGGGUUUUACUAUUCUGUUACUUCAAAAAUCCGUGAACUGGAAAAGAAAACGGAGCUUCAGAAUGUCCGCCAUGAAGAGCUUCUCCUUGAAAUGGCAAGCAUCAAACGAUCAGCACAAAGUGCUAACACAGCACUGGCAGCAGCUGCUGCUGCUGCCGCUGUCAACCACAACUCUCCUGAGUCAGGGCAUUCAACACCAGACUCUGCAAGGGUUGAUGGUGGUGGGAGUGCGGGUCCAAAUCGCCCAGCAGUCAUGACGUCAUCUGCACUUGACAACCUUGGUGACAUGCACCAAACCACCUCACGAGUAUUGCCACAUGGGCGCUCAUCCAGUCAACCUGGUUGUGGAGUAGCAGGCUUCCCUAGCGGCAUUCAGCAGGCGAACAGCCUCCCUUCCUCCUACCCUCCAUCAGGCUUCACUGCUACUGCUGGGGGGUACCGCUACGCCGUCCCGCCCGGUGAGCACGGAAAUCCAGCUCCAGUGCCAGCAGGCUUUGUAGAUAGCUGCAGCUCUACUGGCUACCGCAUGCAGUCGCAGAUGUUGCCCCCUACUGCUGGCUCGGGCCAGCUAUGGAAGGCUCCUUCGAUGUCGGAUCUGGCGGCGUUCAGUAGAAGUGGUGCUAAUUGUCGUGGUCCCCUUCCUCCCUCAUCCCUGCCUCUCCCUCUGACGGCUGCAGCCGACGCUCCAGGAUCGGGCACACACGCACAAGCUGGGUCCGGUCCAUCUUUGGGCCAUCAUACAUCGCACCCCUCGCCUCAGCAGCAACAACCUGGGACAGCCACCUCCUCAGAAAUUGACCGCAUCAUGGCCAAGAUUGAACAGGAUAAUCGGAUUCUUGCUGAACUAGACAAGACACGAUCCACCAUAGGCCUGUCGAGCAAUUCAAGUAGCACAACAGCUGGAGGAAGUGUGUGUGCAGCAGGGAAUGUCACCAGUGGCACUACAGUACCCCUAGCCACACAAGCUGGACAUGGUGAACAGAAUACACUUGCAUAUGUCGGGGUGCCCAGUGCACAACCCUAUCAGGCACUGCCGGCUCCUCUGGGUACCCAGCCGCAAUAUGUAAUGCCUGUACUAGCGCCAGCUGCUCCACCAGGACCCCAGCAGCAGACCUACGUGCCAACACACACAGCACGGCUUAUGCCGCAGAUACCGACAGCGGCAGCUGCUGCUACUGCAGGUGCAGCUGCUGGUAUACCUGGAAUACUAACAACACCGUAUGAUCUAGACAGUAGAGGUGGCUACCUAAAUGGGAAUCUUCCGCCUGGAGUGUAUUCUACAUUUCCAGGAACUGAACAACAAAUGGUUACAGACAGCAAAGUUGUUGACAUGUUGGACAUUCCUGGUAAAGGUCGCUGUUAUGUAUACAUUGCAAGGUACUCAUAUGAUCCAUUUCAACAGUCUCCAAAUGAAAAUCCUGAAGCUGAGUUGCCAGUCAAUGCUGGAGAUUACUUGCUGGUUUGGGGUACUAUGGAUGAGGAUGGUUUUUUUGAUGGAGAGCUCCUGGAUGGUCGUCGAGGUUUGGUUCCUUCCAAUUUCAUCCAAAAAUUAGUUGGAGAGGACCUUCUGGAAUUUCACCAAGCUGUUGUCCAAGGACUGAGGGACUGUGAUGAUAGUGCUUCUACCAAUGUUGGUCAAGAAUUGGAGUUUUCAGGACAUGAAAUAAUGCCCCUCGAUGAAGGCGUUUAUGGGAAGCAGCGGCUGUCACAACAAGAAUAUGCUUAUGCUGAGCUAGAUGACAUUCUGGAAGAAGAAGAUGAGGAACAAAUGGGAGAAGGUCCAGCCCUGUUCUUCUCGGUGCUAGUCCCAGCCCCCAAGCAGCUCACGCUGGAGCGACAGCUGAACAAGAGCGUGCUCAUCGGCUGGAAUCCUCCAGACAAUUGCCCACCAUCUGCUAUAGAGAGCUACCACGUCUACGUUGAUGGUGUUCUCAAGACCACAGUUAAGGCAACAGAGCGGACGCGGGCACUCGUCGAGGGAGUUGACUCCACCAGGCCCCAUCGCAUCAGUGUUCGUUCAGUCACACCAAAUCGCCGUACUUCACGGGAUGCAGCAUGUACAAUGGUCAUAGGGAAAGAUGUACCUCUUGGUCCAACUAGUGUGCGUGCAAGCCGUGUCACCAGUUCAUCAGCUGUCAUCUCUUGGCUACCAAGCAACAGUAAUUAUCAACAUGUUGUAUGUGUCAACAAUGUGGAGGUUCGCACAGUAAAACCUGGAGUUUACCGGCACACAAUUACUGGCUUGGCUCCCAACACAGUUUACCGAGUGACAGUGAGGGCAAAAAACAUAAGAGCCCCACACUUUGAUGAGAAGAAUACUCAGCAAAUGGAACGGCUGUCUGCACACAUUGAUUUUCGCACACUACCAAAAGGGAGUCAAAGACUUGUGUUAGAUUUAGUUACUGCUGUGUAA